CAAGAAAUUAAAGAAAGAGCAUUAUCAUUUAUCACCAUUUGAAGCUAAACGUGUAGAGUGGAAAGAACAUCCCUUGAACCCUCCCACUUCAAAACCAACCACACACACACAACCACAAUCAUACUCAUCAUUUUCCCUUCAAGAAAAAAAAAACAAUGCUUGAUGCACAAAGAGACCACCCCACAAUUUCUUUUCCAUUUUCCAAUGAAGUUGAACACAUUAGUCAUAGUUAUGACACUUGGGGAGGCACAAACACUGGUUUGGUUGCUUCAAAGAGACCACCCAAAAACUACAAGAAUUGUGACAUGGAAGUGCAAUUGGGAAUUGCAGGAUCGAAGGUGGAAGAUGAUUCUGGUAUUUGUUCCCCUCCUUUGUGGUCCACAAGCCCACCAAAGAGUCCCCAUCAACGCAGAAACUACUACCGGUGCCUUUCCCCUGCGUCCAAGACUCAAGCCAUUGCAAGAGGCCAAAGGGAACUCAUGGAAAUGGUUAACAACAUGCCUGAGUCAAGCUACGAGCUUUCUCUCAAAGAUCUCGUGGAACACCCCCAUGUUGUUGCACAAGAGAAAAGGGUAGAAGAGAGGAAAUUGAGCAGCAAGAAAACCGUGCCUAAUAGAAAGGUUGAUGAUAGAAGAGAAAAGGGUCAUGUGAAUAUUGAUAGUGGGGGGUUUUAUCUCAAAAUGGUGUUUCCAAUUUCUUUGGGGUCUAAGAAGAAAACCAAGAAUAAUGAGUCUAAUAGUUCCAACAAGGUGUCUCCUAGAACAUCGGUUUGUGAUGGAUCCAACAAAGGCCUUGAUAAGGAGUGGUGGAAGAAGAGUCUUUCAGGUUCUUCUGGUGGAGAGAGUGAUAGUGGUGUAUCCAGCAUUAAUAGUGGAAGCAUGAAGAGUUCUGGUAGCAGCAGCAGUAGUGGUAGUAACAGUAGCAGAAGAAGUAAUAGCAGGCAUGAAGUGAGUGCUAGUAGUUGUUGGCCUUUUAUACGAAGACCUGAAAGCCUAUCACAAAAUUAAGCCAGAUGUGAUCCAGAGUACUGUAUGAAACUAUGAAAUACAUAUAUGCAAUGAAAUCAUAGUUUUAUUCGUUUAUAGACAUGACGAGGCACAUAAAAUUAGUAUGUAACGCCAGGAGUGUGGUCAUGUAUAUUUUCUCUUCAGAAAUUUUAACAUCGUAGUAAUUUUUUUUCCCUUUUCUUUUGAUGCUCUUUAUGUAAAGAUGAACAUAGAUCUGCCUCAGAUAUCGUUUUUGUGAUGAGCUGGAUCGCAGUGUGAAAAAUAUGAAGCUUAAAGGCUUAAAGUUACAGUGUUAA